CCAAGUUUCAAACCGUCAACAAACAACAUGAAAUUCAUCAACAACAUUGACCUCAAAAUUUUCUACAUAGUCGUACUAUGUUUUGCAGUAGAAAACUGCAUGGCUCACGUAUUCACAGAUCACCCAGCAACAAACAUUGAACCACAUCCUGUGUUCCGUCAUCACCCGGGUAAUCAUCACCAGGCGAAUCAUCACCAGGCUAAUCAUCACCAGGCGAAUCCUCACCCCGCGGAGCCUCCGGCCGAAUUUUCACACUCACAAUCACCUCAAGAAGCUCCCAUGACAGAAUUAGAAUUAGAACCAGAAUUAGCGCACGGACGCACAUCUUUCGGUCAUUCAUCUUCCUUCAAAGCUGCAUUCUCUGACAUUCUCAAAGGUUCCAUUCACAAUCCCCCUGAGUUAAAGUCCCAAAAAUCCGAAGCAAAACAAAGCAGUCUCGGAAUCGAACAGAUAUGCAUGCACACCGAAUACCCCGACAUUUGUCUCGCAACUAUCAACCCUCUUCUAACUCAGAACUUCGACAUGAUUAAUGUCCUCGAAGCCGCCAUAAAAGCCUGUUCCAUUCAAAUAAAGUUGACAAUAGCAAAGGUGGCUAAACAUGCAGCUAGGAAUCCAGAGGUUGCUAAUGCGGUUUUUGAAUGUAGGGAUCAAUACAAAAAUGCUAUGGAUAAUCUUCAAAAAGCUAUGGACGCUCUUCCCGUGCGUGAUCUCGGUACCGUUACCGUUAUGCUUAGUACUGUUAUGGCUGAUGUUUCUACCUGUGAAAGUGCUUUUGAGGAUCUUAAACAAUCACCUCAUAAUGAACAGUCUAAGUCUGAUGGUUUAGUUAGUAUCACUGUUAGCAAUUGUCUUUCAAUUGCUAGUUUGAUUCCCUAUUAAUUCUAAUCAACAGGUGAAUUUUGUGCAUAAUAUGUGUACUAAGUAAAGUUUCAGGCGAUGACAAAUUUACUCUUUAGUAGG